UCCUAAUUUUAAUAAUUGGAGUAAAUAUCAAAAGUAGUAAUAAAUAUUGUGAUAAUUGAAAAAGUGCCUUAUACAGAAAUUGAUUGGAAAGCUUACAUGCAAGAAGUAGAAGGAGUUUUAAAUGGAACAUUAGAUUAUUCAAAAUUAAAAGGUCAUACUGGGCCACUAGUAUAUCCUGCAGUUAUUCAUAUUACAUUACUUAUUCUAGUUUUAAGAAUUUAUGAACGUACUAGAAAAGUUCCACCAUUUGUUUUAAUUUUGGUAUUUUCUACGUCAUAUAGAAUACACUCUAUAUUUGUCUUAAGACUUUUCAAUGAUCCAAUUGCAAUGCUAUUUCUUUUUGCUAGCAUCAAUGUAUUUUUAGAUCAAAAGUGGUAUCUUGGUAGUAUCCUGUUUAGUAUAGCAGUAUCAAUAAAAAUGAAUAUAUUAUUAUUUGCACCAGCAGUAUUAAUUGCUUAUAUAACUAAUUUAGGAUUGUUCCAAACAUUAAUACAAUUAUCAAUUUGUGCUUUUAUACAAUUGAUUUUAGGACUUCCAUUUUUAAUAACAAAUCCAAUUGCUUAUAUUAAAGGAGCAUUUAAUUUAGUACGCAUUUUUGAGUUCAAAUGGACUGUUAAUUGGAGAUUUUUAUCUGAAGAUUUAUUUGUUAGUCCAUACUUUCAUAUAACUUUAUUAAGUUUACAUAUAUUAAUAUUGAUUCAUUUUGCACCAAAAUGGAUAACAUAUUUCAGAUCUUAUAAGAAAUUGAAAAAUGUUCAUAAAACUUAUAAAUCACUAUUCAUGAAAACUAAUAUUAAUAUAUCAACAGCUUCUCAAUUAUUUAUCUUGCCAAUGUUUGCUGCAAAUUUUAUAGGUUUAAUAUUUAGCAGAUCUCUGCAUUAUCAAUUUUAUGUGUGGUAUUAUCAUACCCUACCGUAUAUAGCAUGGAGCUGUGAUUACAAUACCACAACUAGAUUAGUAAUUUUAGGACUUAUAGAAUUAUGCUGGAAUGUUUAUCCAAGUACUGUAUAUAGUAGUUUAUGUUUACAUGUUUGUCAUCUUGUUUUAUUAUAUGGUUUAAAUAUUCAUGUAUCAAAAACAUUAAAAACUUCUUAAAAUUAGAUAAUUUAUUAGAAAUAUAAGGAACAUAAACAUCUU